AUGGAGUCCUUGACAGAUCGCGCCAUCACGACGCCAUUGGGGGCCGACACAGCGGCACAUGCGACACGCGAGACACAUGACGUUGACAGCGAAGACGGCAUAUUCGGCUCCCCUUUGCAACUUGACGGCUCGACAAUGGGCACUGCGGAGCUCAACUCAGCCUUGGAGUCUCUCUCGUCGGCGACAGUUCCGAACACGGCUAGCUGCAGCCAGAACAACCUCUCUCUGGCAAAAAACCUUCUCGCAGACAAAGAUGACACUACCACCAGGUCAUGGAGUGCAGAUCAUGACAACGCAACGGCUACACUCUGGCGGGGAUGUACAGCCGAUGGCGAGCGGCAGGACUUCUCUGUCUCGAACGUAACCGGCAAGCACGACGGCGACGUCCGAGGCACCGAAAAUGUCAGUGUGUGCGUCAAGGCGCCGGCCGAAGGUCAGGAAAUGUUGCUUCCUGGAGGUGCGCCACCUACGACCGUCAACUUUUCCACGAUGUGCAAUACAUCGCAGGUGGCAGCUUCGACGCGCGAGUUCUCUGCCAUGUGGAACCCGCAAGGUAUGCUUGGCGGAGCAUCGGAAACCUUGGACGCACGGCCCGCCGUGGGCGACGCCAGUUCCAUGGUCGCCGUGGUGCUGAGCGAGGAGGUUCCCGAUGACUUGCCGCGCGCACCAUCAGCGUACACGGAGCUGCGCAGUUGCCCCUCCACACCUUUGGUAAACACAAUUCAUCUCAACCUGCAGUACACAAGAGCGACGUCGGUUAUGUCCAUCUCGUCCCCCUUUUCUGCCUCCGUGCAGAGUAUAUCGUUCCUGCGCACGUCUGUCCAGCACUUGAUGAGCAACUCGCAGCACUCCUACGCGUCCUCGUCGGCGCGCGCCACUGCCAACGAGUCACCACUGCUCGGCGAGGUCGGUGCAGCGGAGCCCCGACCCUUGUGCGCGUCGCUCCUGGAGACUGGAUCGGUGGUGACGCAGAGUGCCUUGGAGCCAACCAAACGGAGAGAGGUGACCUUUGCACGCACCCCAGUGGAGGCGGACGGUUCGUCAGAGGUAGUCCCCCUCAUCGACCCAUCAGCCAUGUCGGCGGCAGACAACGCCAGCACGGCGCAAGAGGCCUCACCGCACAACCCAGGUGCACCUACUCUCCCGUGCACCCCAGUGGCGCACCGCACCGUCACCACUUCGGUCGAGGGGUGUCUCCUAAAGGAAGAGCAAGAGCGUAGGGCGCUCGUGGAUGACGAAGCUUCGAGAUUCAAGACGAUGGUGGCACGGGAAGUUUCAGCCUACUUCGCCAUGAGUUGCCAGCGGCGCAUGAAAGCUCGGCAGCCCAGUGAAAACGUCGGCGUCACCGAGCAGCGAAAGUCUGUGGAGGAGGAAUCGAGUCAGCUCCACGACUCGAUGCGGGCGCGCAUGAGGAUGGCAGAGGAUGAACACGAGAACUUUAUGAGCAACUACCGGCAGAUGCAGCAAGCACAGCUGCACAGCGCCCGUUAG